AUGUUCUUGGAUGUAGGCUUGAUGACCGGAGAAGACCUGGUCCCACCGGGUGACUUUUAUCCCGACCCAUUAGGCGUGUGUGAGUCCGUGAAGCCCCCCGUUGCGUUCGCUGUGAUGCAAGAUGAGUUGGACGCGCUCAAAAACUUCGUUGCCGAGUGCCGUGUGAAGCAAGAUGUAGGUCCCCCCUCCCUUUCCCAUGCUUUNACGUUCAAGGAGGCCAUGCGGUCUCAACAUUCAGAGUUGUGGGAUGAUGCAGUCGGUUGGGAGUUUUUCGGUCUGCUGGAUGCAGACGAGUACGGAUGGCCGACGAAAUUCAAGGCACGACUUGUAGCGCGAGGGGACAUGCAGAGGGCUUCGAUUGAUUUUGGAGAAUUGUUUGCACCCACCGUAUCCGUGUCUAGUGUGCAAAACUUCAUCAACGCCAAGUGGGUAUUCAACUGUAAGGCAGACGAGUACGGAUGGCCGACGAAAUUCAAGGCACGACUUGUAGCGCGAGGGGACAUGCAGAGGGCUUCGAUUGAUUUUGGAGAAUUGUUUGCUCCCACCGUAUCCGUGUCUAUUGUGCGUUUGUUGGCAGCAUUGGCAUGUGAGCAGAAUCUUGACUUGUGCCAUUUCGAUAUUCAGCAGGCAUUUGUGCAGUCUGAACUUGAAGAGGAUGUUUUCAUGCGUCUCCCGCAAGGUUGUGGGCAGGAGAGAUCUGACAAGUUUGGCAGUGACCUCAACGAGAUGGUCCCCCCCGUGAACGUGAAAAACCUUGGGGAGUUGAGGUGGUACUCCGCGUGCUUUUCCCAGAGAGAUCUAGAGAGGGGCCUUUUGAGGAUCUUGCAGCAAAGGUUUGCAGAAGAGUUGGCUGCAGAGUACGGCGUAGAGUGGGGGCAGAGUGUGCCCUUGUCUGUGAGCGUGAAGCUCACCGACUUUGACGAGAACGAAGCGUGUGCUGAUGUCCCGUUUCGCGAGUUGGUAGGAUCCCUGAUGUGGUUGGCCACUCAAACCAGGCCGGACAUCGCGAAUGCAGUACGAGCAGUAGCGCGGUAUUGCGCGUCUCCCAAGAUGGUGCACUGGAAGGCAGCACUUGGUAUUUUAGGGUACGUGCGUAGGACGAGUUGGAUGGGGAUUACAUUUGAGAGGGGAGUGGUCACUGGCAUGAGCAUGCAGGUGUUUGUGGAAGCCGACUAUGCAAGCAAGGCAGCAGACCGUAGGUCGGUCUCAGGAGGACUAGUGAUGUGUGGGGGUGGGUGUGUGACUUGGUUUUCGAGGACGCAGAAGUGCGUCACGCUCUCCACAACGGAAGCAGAGUAUGUGGCAAUUGCCGACGUCUUGAAGGAAGUGCUUUUCUUGAGGCAGGUUUGGCGUUUUAUGUUGCCAGAUGCAGGGAACUGGUAG